AUUAUCAGUCUCUAUCAGAGUUUCAAAAACAAUGACAAUCCGGAUCUUUGCUGCUUUUUUCGGUGCCUCAGUUCUUCUAGGACUUAGUCAGGCUUAUUUUUCGUGCGGUUCGGACGGAAAAGCCCAUUGUGUCAAAGCAGAAAAUUGUGUAACUAAGUUUGCUUAUCGUAGCAAUUCUUUUCAAACAACUACCACAUGCCCGUUCAGUACAGUUUGCUGCCAUGACGAAAGCAUUAACCUGACUUGCGGGCCGAAUGGAAUCUACAAAUGUUUGACCAAUGAUUUGUGCCAGACGCCUUAUAAAGACUUCUCUACGAAACAAUUUUGUCCGACAAAUUUUGUUUGCUGCCGUCCUACAAAAAAAAUUGAUCUGAGCAUUAACGAUCCGUUAUAGAAAAUGAAUUAAAGAAAUGCAAUUAAAGCAAGUAAAUAAUAAAAACCA